AUGGCCAAACCAGCUGCUAUUCACGACGAGGGCUCUCAACCGGCCAAGGCGGAUCCAAGCCUCGAGGUCGAUAUUCCACAUGUACCAUUGACGGAGGAGGAUAACAAGCGGAUCUGCCGCAAGACCGACCGCACGAUUCUUGUCGUGCUGAUCUGGGUCUACUUCCUGCAAAUCCUUGAUAAGAGCGUCCUCGGAUAUGGUGCGACCUUUGGUCUGCGGACAGACACGCACUUGACCGGCAAUGAGUACUCCUUGAUCGGUUCCAUCGCUCCCAUCGCCCAGCUGGCGUGGCAGCCGUUCUCGUCUUACUUGAUUGUGAAGGUGCCACACAAAAUCCUGAUGCCCUGCCUAUGCUUGGGAUGGGGUAUUGCUCAGGCGUGCAUGGCCGCUUGUCACAACUUCAACGAGUUGAUGGCAGCGCGGUUCUUCCUGGGCUUGUUUGAGGCAGGAUGCUUGCCGCUGUUUGGAGUGAUUACGAGUCAGUGGUACCGUCGCGCUGAGCAGCCGAUUCGCGUUGCUGCUUGGUAUGGUACCAAUGGAAUUGCAACCAUUGUGGCGGCUGCUCUGUCCUACGGUCUUGCACACAUCAAGUCGGACCUCUUGAAAUCAUGGCAAAUCAUCUUCCUCUUCGUAGGAUUGGUGACCAUCGUUUCAGCUCCGAUCGUGUACUGGCGUCUGGACAAUGACGUGACCACCGCUCGGUUCCUUACCGAAGAAGAGAAGGCACAGGCGAUGGAGCGACUACGAGCCAACCAGACGGGUACAGGAAAUACCGAGUUCAAGUUCAGCCACGUGUUAGAGGCUGCGCUCGAGCCAAAGACCUAUCUGUGGAUCGGCAUGGCUAUGCUCCUGAACAUCGGUGCCAGUGUCACUAACAUUUUCGGGCCUUUGAUCCUUGGUGGCCUGGGCUACGACAAGUACACUACUAGUCUACUCACCAUGCCUUUUGGUGCGCUGCAGACGAUCAUGAUCCUGCUCGCUAGUUAUCUUGCCCAGACUGCCCGCUUGAAAGGAGCCAUUCUUGCAUUGUUCAUGCUUCCCGUGAUCGCUGGCCUGGCCAUUCUCUACGCCGUCCCCCGCAACAAUUCCGCACAGGGCGCCUUGCUGGCCGGAUACUAUCUUCUGGCUUUCCUUUUCGGAGGCAACCCUCUGGUAGUCACCUGGAUUGUCGGCAACACCGCCGGAAGUACCAAGAAGUCGGUCGCGAUGAGUCUUUACAAUGCCGCCUCCUCCGCCGGCAACAUUGUGGGACCCCUACUCUUCGCCUCGAAAGACGCGCCCGAGUAUCAUCCUGGUCUGCGUGCCUGUCUGGCCAUCUUUAGCGCCAUGGCUGCCGUUGUGCUUCUACAGUGGGCCAACCUGUGGUACCUCAACAAGCAACAAGCCCGCCGCCGAGUGCGCAAUGGCAAGAGUGCCCAGGUCAUUGAUCACUCCAUGCAGACCCACUUCCAUGGCAUUGACGAGACUCCUGAAGAGUCUGAGACUGGGCAGCACGUUGCUCAUGCGGGUGCACAUGUCGCCGACGAUCUCACCGAUCGGCAGAAUGAUGAAUUUGUAUAUAUUUAUUGA